CUGUGUGCAUCAUGAAGAGAACAAUGUGGGGGUGAGGUCACCUCAAACCCACUCGUUGGUUUCUUAGUUUCAGUCUUCAUUCAGUCCCAGGCGACAUGGUUGGCCGCGGAUUUCUUUUUUCUUUUUUACAUUCAAAAUGCACUUCCUGUGCAAUCAAUUCAUAUUCUUUGCUCCUUGGUAUGAUCUUUGUUAACUACAUAACACUCUCCGCUCAUGUUCAAGCUUCAAGUUCAGUAAAUUGCAAGUCACAGAAACUUUCCUCAAAAUAUCAGCACUGUGGGAUAAACCCAGCUGGAGUGCAUGAUUUAGAUUGUUUUUUUGAACAUCGAUCAUCCUUUCUCUGUGUGUGGAAGCCUGGAAACAGUGCAUCAGAAAAGAGAUACACACUCAUCAUAGAACAAAACAAUUCUUAUAAGUUAAAAUACUGCAACGCUUUCUACAACAUCACAAAAGUCCCUGAGGGGAUUAAUUUAUACGAAAAAUACAACAUAAGCGCUGAGGUCUUUGAAAACAGCGCGUCAACAAAUUGCACAAAAGCAGUUUUCAGAGGGUCACCAAAGAGCUUGUUCCGAUGUGGUCCUACACAUAAUGUUUUCUUCAGUCGCCACUCAGGAAAACUAGAUGUGAGUGUGAGGUGGCAAAAUGAGGACGUAAAAGCCGUUCGGUAUUACUCUGUGAGAUAUAAAGCACUGGGCAGCCUCUCAUGGAGCAAGUCACUCGUGCGGUCUAAAAAUGGAGAGAAAUGUACAGUGGAGAAUUUAAACUCCUCUGUAGUCUACAGUGUGCAGAUACAGUGCGUCACCAAUGAUAAAUGCUCACAGUGUCCAUGGAGUAAAGCCUACACUGUCCCAGCAGAAUUGACAACACAGCCUGUCAUGGUCAACAUGGAAGAAACUGACAUUGCAAAGACAAAAGGCCGACGGCUGAUUUCUUUAACCUGGAAGUUUCCUGCGAAAGAGCUAAAUGUUAGCUACCAUGUGACGAUUGGGAAAGCAUCAGGAGAGGCCCCAUGUCAGAGGGUGAACACCACUGUGCCAGAAAUCAGACUGGCUCUUUCAUAUUCAGAAUAUCAUCUCAACAUCAGUGCUGUGAACAACGCUAGCACAUCUCCAGCUGUGAGACAGACAAUACCGCAGCGAGAAGACGCACCAAGUAAGGAAGCUGGGAUGCUGAACGUGACAGUCCACACCAAUACAUCUUUUACUGUUUAUUGGAAAGACGAUCUAAAAAAAAACUAUGUGUGCUACUCUGUGGAGUGGAUGGAGAAAGGACAUAAAGCAGCGUUCAUGUCCUUUUAUGAGGAUGAAAACAACUACAGGACCUUUACGUCUCUACCAGAGUCUUUGAUGCCGUAUAAGAGAUACAGCAUCACUUUGCACACACGGCCAGACAAGGACACCUGCAACAUGAAGAAGGUGAACAACAGUGAGAGCACCUAUGGGAGAACACACUUCUAUUUCAUUGAAGGAUAUCCUGUCAGUGCUCCCACAAACAUCAGCAUCUACAAUGUGACGCUGAAUACAGUGGUGCUGCAGUGGUUGCCCAUCCCAGUGGACGACAUCAGAGGUUUCCUUCUGGGUUACAUAAUCUACUGCACCGAGUACCACCACAGAGGGUCCACUACAGAAAGAAAUAUUACAGUGGAUCCAAUGUCAAAUAGCUAUGAAUUGGGGAAUCUCAAACAAGGCACAGCAUAUGGAGUCCAGAUAUCAGGUUUCACUGAGGCAAGAGUUGGAGUACGAAGCACAGCAAUCGUCUUUAAAACAAACUAUCAAGAACUUUCUAAUCUCAUUGCUAUCAUCGCAAUCUUUGCAGUUAUAGGCAUUGUGCUUAUAUUUGGAUCUCCGGUAAUAAAAAGAGCAAAAGUCAUUCUGUGGCCAAGCAUACCUAACCCUGGAAAAAGCAACGCAAUGCAGAAAAUAGAAGAGCCCUGUGAACUGGAACUACUAGGAUCCAUAAACCAUCUGAAGGUGGAAGAAUGGGAUACAAACAGCCUGAAGAUAGUUAAAAAAGAAGUGAUCCCUGCUGGGCCGUUAACAUCAAUGUUGCCGGUCUUCCACGCAUCAGAUGAUGAGGAAGACUCAACUGAAAUGACUUGUAACUGGAUCCAGGGAGACACAGGAGACUCAACUGAAGAAAUCCCAUCUGACAUUAAUGAAAAAAUUAUCCCUGACAUCAAAAUGACAGACCCCCAGAGCUCUCCUUUCACAUUUCCAUGUGACUAUACGACAAUAGAAAUGUUUCAGCAGGGGAUUCCUCAGAGCAUGCCAGUAAGGACAUCAGUUACUCAAGAUACAGAAAGCGAACCAGAGGACAAGGAGUGGACUGUGGGGAAAUCAGGAUUGGACUAUAUAAGCCAAUUUAGUACCAGUCCGACCUUGGACAGCAAGGAGAUUUCCACGAUUUUGUGAAAACAGUUUGGAACAGGAACACAAGAACCAUUGUCCAUGAAUCAUAUCUCAAUCAGACCACAGAUGUACAGUGGGGCAAAAAAGUAUUUAGUCAGCCACCAAUUGUGCAAGUUCUCCCAUUUAAAAAGAUGAGAGAGGCCUGUAAUUGUUAUCAUAGGUAUACCUCAACUAUGAGAGACAGAAUGGGGGAAACAAUCCAGGAAAUCACAUUGUAGGAUUUUUAAAGAAUUAAUUGGUAAAUUCCUCGGUAAAAUAAGUAUUUGGUCACCUACAAACAAGCAAGAUUUCUGGCUCUCACUGACCUGUAACUUCUUCUUUAAGAGGCUCCUCUGUCCUCCACUCGUUACCUGUAUUAAUGGCACCUUUUUGAACUCGUUAUCAGUAUAAAAGACACCUGUCCCCAACCUCAAACAGUCAUACUCCAAUCUCCAGUAUGGCCAAGACCAAAGAGCUGUCAAAGGAGACCAGAGACAAAAUUGUAGACCUGCACCAGGCUGGGAAAACUGAAUCUGCAAUAGGUAAGCAGCUUGGUGUGAAGAAAUCAACUGUGGGAGCAAUUAUUAGAAAAUGGAAGACAUACAAGACCACUGCUAAUCUCCCUCCAUCUGGGGCUCCACGCAAGAUCUCACCCCGUGGGGUCAAAAUGAUCACAAGAACGGUGAGCAAAAAUCCCAGAACCACACGGGGGGACCUAGUGAAUGACCUGCAGAGAGCUGGGACCAAAGUAACAGAGGCUACCAUCAGUAACACGCUACGCCGCCAGGGACUUAAAUCCUGCAGUUCCAGACGUGUCCCCCUGCUUAAGCCAGUACAUGUCCAGGCCCGUCUGAAGUUUGCUAGAGGGCAUUUGGAUGAUCCAGAAGAGGAUUGGGAGAAUGUCAUAUGGUCAGAUGAAACCAAAAUAGAACUUUUUGGUAAAAACUCAAGUCGUCGUGUUUGGAGGAGAAAGAAUGCAGAGUUGCAUCCAAAGAACACCAUACCUACUGUGAAGCAUGGGGGUGGAAACAUCAUGCUUUGGGGCUGUUUUUCUGCAAAGGGACCAGGACGACUGAUCCGUGUAAAGGAAAGAAUGAAUGGGGCCAUGUAUCGUGAGAUUUUGAGUGAAAACCUCCUUCCAUCAGCAAGGGCACUGAAGAUGAAGCGUGGCUGGGUCUUUCAGCAUGACAAUGAUCCCAAACACACCGCCAGGGCAACGAAGGAGUGGCUCCGUAAGAAGCAUUUCAAGGUCCUGGAGUGGCCUAGCCAGUCUCCAGAUCUCAACCCCAUAGAAAAUCUUUGGAGGGAGUUGAAAGUCUGUGUUGCCCAGCGACAGCCCCAAAACAUCACUGCUUUAGAGAUCUGCAUGGAGGAAUGGGCCAAAAUACCAGCAACAGUGUGUGCAAACCUUGUGAAGACUUACAGAAAACGUUUGACCUCUGUCGUUGGCAACAAAGGGUAUAUAACAAAGUAUUAAGAUGAACUUUUGUUAUUGACCAAAUACUUAUUUUACCGAGGAAUUUACCAAUUAAUUCAUUAAAAAUCCUACAAUGUGAUUUUCUGGAUUUUUUUCCCCAUUCUGUCUCUCAUAGUUGAGGUAUACCUAUGAUAAAAAUUACAGGCCUCUCUCAUCUUUUUAAAUGGGAGAACUUGCACAAUUGGUGGCUGACUAAAUACUUUUUUGCCCCACUGCAUGUAUGUAUGGUAUUCCACAAAAUCCAGAAGUGCACGAUGAGGGAAAUAAUCAGGAGAGUGCAGUAUUUUGCUCCAUGUUCAUCCCAGAUGUCAAAAUUACCAUUUGCUAAAAACAGACAGUUUAAGACUGUCCUUCUUCCUACCUCUAUACUGUAUUUACAUGUAUAUCUGCGUUACUUGAAAAUGCACAUCAUUAUCUCUGCUCAUUUCUGUAGUACUGUGAAUGUUCAUCUCUUGAGAUACAUCCUUUAACAUACAGUAUCCUAUUUUCAUCUGUACAUAGAGAUAACCUUGAAAUUUGAAUAAAAAUGGCAAAUAAUUCCCUCAUUCACAUGCCCCAUAAGCAUUAGUGAAAUGAUUGUAAUCACUUUGAA